AUGACAUGGAGACCAAGGGGGUGGGGACGAAUCACGAGACGUUCCGGUCGAGACCCGUUGCGUUCUAGUCGUACCAUCAGGAUUCGAGGAGAGCAGUGCGGUCGUCCGUCUGGCGGUUGUGUCGUGAUCGGCCUUUGCUACAAGUCGAGUGUCGGCCCCAUCUUUGAUCCUUCGGACGUAGUCGACGAGCCUUCGAGCCGUCGACGUUGGCGAUCGUAUACCGCUGUCUUUCAUCGGUCGAGCUGUGUUUCUCAGUCCCAGCGCCGAAUCGUUCCUGGUGGUCUAGAUAUCGAUGGAAGUCCAGGCUUGCAGGUAGAGAAGAGGUACGCCGGACAUGGUCUUGUGACCUAG